AUGUCCAUUGAAGAUUUUUCGUACCAGCGAGACAUAGGCGCUGGCUCUUUUGGACGUGUAAUUCUAGUAGUUCAUCAGAACUCCAGGCUGGUCUUGGCAAUGAAAACCAUAUCGAAAAAAGUGUUGCGACGCAAAAAGAUCGCUCAGGAAGAAUGGCGGCUAGAGAGAGAUGUUCUAGUGAAAAUAGAAGCGCACCCUUACAUCGUUGAAUUACUCUGCUCUUUCCAGACAGCUAGUCAUUUCUUCCUUGUGAUGGCUUAUCUGCCCCGGGGAGAACUCUUCACGUUUUUGCGUCGUCGCGGCACUUUCCCCGAAGACGUUGCUGCAUUUUACAGUGCAGAAGUCACUCUUGCGAUAGAACAUCUGCGCUUAAUCAGCUAUCACACAGAAAGCGUACCCAGGCACGCGUCCAGGGUAAUCCAUCGGGACUUGAAGCCUGAGAAUCUGCUCAUGGAUGAUGAUGGCCAUGUGGUUGUGACAGACUUUGGGCUUGCUAAAAUGUUCGAUUCGGACGAAGAGCGACACCGCACACUUUGUGGGACAGAUGCAUACAUGGCCCCGGAAAUGGUCGCCAGGCGCUCGUAUGGCAAGCCUGUGGACUUUUGGUCACUUGGAAUAUUGAUAUUUGAGAUGCUCACAGGCAAACCACCAUUUGCCCAUCGAGACACAAAGGAGCUCCACCGCAAAAUCCUUUCAGAAAAGGUCAAAUGGCCCCAGUUCAUAGGACCUGAAGCGAUCAGGUUACUUCGAGGCUUGCUCGAGCGCCAAGUUCCAAAGCGCCUUGGUGCGAUCAAAGCGACCAUGUUUGAGGUCGGUGGUGUUUCGGCUUUGAAGAAUCAGUCAUUCUUUGCAAAGAUCGAGUGGCAUCGCUUGUUACGCCGCGAGUCUCCAGCUCCUUUCUCGCCUUCUACUCCGGAGGAAUGGCAAGCUGUAGAAGAAAGUGAUCAAUUACCUCAAGUCCCACCGAGGCAGCUCCUUGCCGACUUUCUCGAAGAGAGCACCUCAGACACGAACUCUGAUAUGCUCACUGUGGUAGACUUUGAAUUUACACGAGCGGGUGCAUUUCAAACCGUAGUCUAA